UGCAUUACCAUUGGUUGAGGGUGUAAACUCUAUGCUCUGGAGAAGUGCGCACUAUGUGCGUUUCAAGCGAGGUCACAGAUUAUGAAAUAGCGACUUCAAAUGUGCCUCCUAGGAGUAAACCAUCAGGGUAAUCAGUGAUAAACACGAUUGAUUUGAAAAUUCUCCUGCAACUCAGUAUUCACCAUGCCUUCAAAUGGCCCUGGAUAUGCUACUCCUCUCGAUGCCAUGAAAAACGGCCCUCGAGAAGAAUUACUCUAUGUUGUUUGUAUUCAACCCAAUCAAGCCGAAGGAAAAACCGACCUCUUAGCAACUGUGGACGUUAACCCAUCGUCACCUACUUAUUGCCAAGUUAUUCACAGAUUGAAGACCGGAAGACUUAACGAUGAGCUGCAUCACAGUGGAUGGAAUGUCUGUUCCAGUUGUCAUGACACGAAGGGGUGCUGUGAUGUUCCAAAACGGGAUAAACUAAUUUUGCCGGCUUUGAACUCCGACAGAAUUUAUGUCGUCGAUACGGGGAAAAAUCCAAGGGCUCCAACUAUGCACAAAGUGGUCGAAGCUGAAGAAAUGCACCGUUUCAACUGCUCCACCCCGCACACCGCYCAUUGCCUAGCAAGUGGCGAAGUUAUGAUUUCGACAAUGGGUGACAAUCAAGGCAACGGCAAAUGUGAGUUUAUUUUACUUGAUGGUAAAACUUUUGAAGUGAAAGGAACCUGGACUCAAUUUUAUCCUGAGACUAUAGAAAAAGGUGCGACUAUUGUUAAAAUCGAUAUCGAUACAGAGAAAGGUGGGAUGAAAUUGGAUGAGAACUUUUUGGUUGAUUUUGGAAUUGGGCCUGAYGGACCACUUUUGGCUCAUGAAAUGAGAUACCCCGGAGGUGAUUGCACAUCAGACAUUUGGCUUGCACAUGAUUGAAAAAGAUGAGAUAAGAAACUGCUUCAUAAUUGCUCAUUAAUAAAUAAAUAUUCUUGCAAU